AUGACAUUAAAACUUGAGUAUGAAAGUGCAAUUACUUGUACUAAUUUUGCUGAAAUUCAAUCAUCUCGUAAGAAUUUGUAUCAUAAAUCAGAUGGGGCAUUAAAGAAAGGUCAAUUGAAAAAGUCAAUGGAGUUAAUGUGUUUGAAUUCGCCUAAGAAUUCGGAAGACACAAGAAUGAAUGGAACAAAAACAAAACGAAUCGUUUUCAUCGUGCGCCAAAAAUUUGCUGUCUUUGUUUCUCAAAGAAUUGAUUAAAAAAUGACAUCAUUUGGUUAGCUCCAGAACAUAUGGGAAAAUGACCUUAAGAAGUGGCGCAUGAUUUAAUAUUCAUGUGAAUUAAUGCGAUGUCGUAAAAAUGAUUUGCGAAAAACAAAAUGUUGAACUGAAUUCUGAUGAGAUGAGAAGGAG